AUCGACACGCCCACAAGCCCCGUGACCAGCGGCCUUCCCCUCUUCUUUGUCAUCACCGUCACGGCCAUCAAGCAGGGCUAUGAGGACUGGCUUCGCCAUAAGGCAGACAACGCCAUGAACCAGUGCCCCGUGCAUUUCAUCCAGCAUGGCAAGCUGGUGCGGAAGCAGAGCCGGAAGCUGAGGGUUGGGGACAUCGUCAUGGUCAAGGAGGAUGAGACCUUCCCCUGUGACUUGAUCUUCCUGUCCAGCAGUCGAGGCGACGGGACCUGCCACGUGACCACCGCCAGCUUAGACGGAGAGUCCAGUCACAAGACUCACUACGCCGUGCAGGACACGAAGGGCUUUCACACCGAGGAAGACCUCGACGGCUUGCACGCCACGAUCGAGUGUGAGCAGCCCCAGCCCGACCUGUACAAGUUCGUCGGCCGCAUCAACGUCUACAGCGACCGGAGCGACCCGGUGGUGAGGCCCCUGGGGUCGGAGAACCUGCUUCUCAGGGGAGCCACGCUGAAGAACACUGAGAAGGUCUUCGGUGUUGCCAUUUACACGGGCAUGGAAACCAAGAUGGCGCUGAAUUACCAGUCGAAAUCCCAGAAACGAUCUGCUGUAGAGAAAUCCAUGAACGUAUUCCUCAUCGUCUACCUCUGCAUUCUGAUCAGCAAAGCGUUGAUCAACACCGUCCUCAAGUACGUGUGGCAGAGCGAGCCGUUCCGAGAUGAGCCGUGGUAUAACCAGAAGACCGAGUCGGAAAGACAGAGGAACCUGCUCCUCAGGGCACUCACCGACUUCCUGGCCUUCAUGGUUCUCUUCAACUACAUCAUCCCCGUGUCCAUGUACGUCACGGUGGAGAUGCAGAAGUUCCUGGGCUCCUACUUCAUCACCUGGGACGAGGAGAUGUUUGACGAGGACACGGGGGAAGGGCCUCUGGUCAACACGUCGGAUUUAAACGAAGAAUUAGGACAGGUCGAGUACGUCUUCACGGACAAAACCGGCACGCUCACGGAGAACAACAUGGAGUUCAAGGAGUGCUGCAUCGAGGGCCACGUGUACGUGCCACAUGCCGUCUGCAACGGGCAGGUGCUCCCCGGGGCCGCCGGCAUCGACAUGAUCGACUCCUCGCCGGGUGCCAGCACCAGGGAGCGAGAGGAGCUGUUUUUCCGGGCCCUGUGUCUGUGCCAUACCAUCCAGGUGAAGGAUAAUGAUGACGUGGACGGACCUAGGAAGUCGCCGGACGGGGGGAAGUCCUGUGUGUACAUCUCAUCUUCUCCCGACGAGGUGGCCCUCGUGGAGGGCAUCCAGAGGCUGGGCUUCACGUACCUGCGGCUGAAGGACGGCUACAUGGAGAUCUUGAACAGGGAGAACGACGUGGAGAGGUUUGAACUGCUGGAAAUUUUGAGUUUUGACUCAGUAAGAAGGAGAAUGAGCGUGAUUGUGAAAUCUGUCACAGGAGACAUCUAUCUCUUCUGCAAGGGAGCUGAUUCAUCCAUAUUUCCCCGGGUGAUAGAAGGCAAAGUCGACCAGAUCCGGGCCAGAGUAGAGCGCAACGCGGUGGAAGGCCUUCGAACCCUGUGUGUGGCCUACAGACGGCUCGCUCCGGAAGACUACGGCGGCGUGUGUACCCUGCUGCAGGCCGCCAAGGUGGCUCUCCAGGACCGGGAGAAGAAGUUAGCAGAGGCCUACGAGCAAAUAGAGAAGGACCUCAUCCUGCUCGGGGCCACAGCUGUGGAGGACAGGCUUCAGGAGAAGGCUGCCGACACCAUUGAAGCCUUGCAGAAAGCCGGGAUCAAAGUGUGGGUCCUCACCGGGGACAAGAUGGAGACGGCGGCCGCCACCUGCUACGCCUGCAGGCUGUUUCGGAGGGGUACGCAGCUGCUGGAGCUCACCACCAAGCGGCUGGAGGAGCAGAGCCUGCACGACGUGCUGUUCGAGCUGAGCAAGACCGUGCUGCGCCCCAGCGGGAGCCUCACCAGGGACAACUUCUCGGGGCUCUCGGCCGACCUGGAGGACUUCGGGCUGAUCAUCGACGGAGCCGCGCUGUCCCUGGUCAUGAAGCCCCGCGAGGACGGCAGCGGCGGCAACUACCGGGAGCUCUUCCUGGAGAUCUGCCGCAACUGUAGCGCCGUGCUGUGCUGCAGGAUGGCGCCCCUGCAGAAGGCCCAGAUUGUUAAAUUAAUCAAACUCUCCAAAGAGCACCCCAUUACUUUAGCCAUCGGCGACGGCGCCAAUGACGUCAGCAUGAUCCUGGAGGCACACGUGGGCAUCGGUGUCAUCGGGAAGGAGGGUCGCCAGGCCGCCCGGAACAGCGACUAUGCGGUCCCGAAAUUCAAGCACCUGAAGAAGAUGCUUCUGGUUCACGGGCAUUUCUACUACAUCAGGAUAUCCGAGCUCGUGCAGUACUUCUUCUACAAGAACGUCUGCUUCAUCUUCCCUCAGUUUUUGUACCAGUUCUUCUGCGGGUUCUCACAGCAGACUUUGUACGACACCGCCUACCUGACCCUGUACAACAUCAGCUUUACGUCCCUCCCGAUUCUGCUGUACAGCCUGAUGGAGCAGCACGUCAGCAUCGACACGCUCCGCAGAGAGCCCUCCCUCUACAGAGAUAUCGCCAAGAACGCCCUCCUCCGCUGGCGCGUGUUCAUCUACUGGACGCUCCUGGGCGUGUUUGACGCUCUGGUGUUCUUCUUCGGUGCUUACUUCAUGUUUGAGAACACAACAGUGACCAGCAACGGACAGAUCUUUGGAAAUUGGACCUUUGGGACACUGGUGUUCACCGUGAUGGUCUUUACAGUCACACUAAAGCUGGCGCUGGACACGCAUUACUGGACUUGGAUCAACCACUUUGUCAUCUGGGGGUCCCUGCUGUUCUACGUCGUCUUCUCCCUGCUCUGGGGAGGGAUCAUCUGGCCCUUCCUCAGUUAUCAGAGGAUGUACUAUGUGUUCAUCCAGAUGUUGUCCAGCGGCCCCGCCUGGCUGGUCAUCAUCCUGCUGGUCACCGUCAGCCUCUUCCCCGACGUCCUCAAGAAGGUGCUGUGCCGGCAGCUGUGGCCCAGCGCCACGGAGAGAAUCCAGCAGAGCACGAGCCUCAGAGCGUCGGUCGCUGCGGGCACGGAACGGCCGCUUCUGAAGGACCUGCUGUCGCGGCCGAGGCGCCGGUAGCCGAGGAUAGAGCACAUGUGUGUGCGGCCAGGACCGCCUCCCCGAGCUCACCCUCCUGGCCUCCCCGCAGAGCCCCAGCCCCUGGGCCAUGUGGCCGGGCCCACACACAGAACAGGGGA